GAGCAGCAUGCCCCUCAGUCUGCGCCAAUGGCAGCCCGAGCCGGCGAGCCUGCGCUGGGUUGGGGGCAGGGCUUGCUGGGGCUGGCUGCCGAGCGCUGGAGCUGAGCCCGGGAGGCUCGCGGCGCUCCGAGGCCUGGCGAGCCGGGGCGUGUUAAUGCUGCUGUUGAUGGCCAGUCCUUCCCACCCGCCUGGCAGCCGCGGCGGGGAUGGUCGCUGCGCACGGGCAGUGAGCGGCGAGCAAGCGAAGGCAGCGGGCAAAGCCCGUCGGUCGGCAGAGGAGCAGCGGCUGCCCACGCGUGGCUGGACGCCUGGCCGCAGCGAGUCCUCCGGCCGGCUACAGUGACAGGCGCCCGGGGAUGUGAGGAGCCGGGGGCACAGCACAGCCGGGGAAAGAGCCGAGGAGGCCCGGGAAGGAGCCGUGCCGCCGAGGCAGAGCGGCAGACCCCUUGCGAGCGUGUGGCCCGCCCGCCAGUCCCAGCUCCCUGCCCUCGGCGCGAUUCUCCCACGCGACCCCCCAUGCACAGAUAGCGAAGUCCCCGCGGACGGGCGGAGAGGCUGAAGUUUCAGGCGGGCAGCGGCUGCGUGGCCGGGCGCGCCGGAGCCCCGGGAUCGGAGGAUGGCGACCGAAGGGGGAGCCGGGCUGGCCAAGUCCGCCGUGGAGAAGCUGUCGGACGCCAUGGGCGAGAAGACCAAGCAGCUGGGCACGGCCAUGCAAGACGUGCACCGGCAGCGGCGGCUGAUCCUGGUGAUCGUGUGCGUGGCCCUCUUCCUGGAUAACAUGCUCUACAUGGUGAUCGUGCCCAUCAUGCCGGUCUACAUCUCCACCAUGUGGAAGGCGACCGAGAACCUCUCGAGCGAGGCCAACGCCAGCGGGGCCAACGCCAACUGGGCCAAGUCGGUGCUGGGGCGCGGCUACCACCCGGAGAACGAGGACAUCAAGAUCGGGGUGCUCUUCGCCUCCAAGGCCAUCCUGCAGCUGCUGGUCAACCCCCUGAGCGGCACCUUCAUCGACCGCGUGGGCUACGACAUCCCGCUGCUGAUCGGCCUGACCGUCAUGUUCCUUUCCACCAUCAUCUUCGCCCUGGCCGAGAACUACGCCACCCUCUUCGCGGCGCGCAGCCUGCAGGGGCUAGGCUCGGCCUUCGCCGACACCUCCGGCAUCGCCAUGAUCGCCGACAAGUACACGGAGGAGUCGGAGCGCAGCCGGGCCCUGGGCAUCGCCCUGGCCUUCAUCUCCUUCGGCAGCCUGGUGGCGCCCCCCUUCGGCGGCGUGCUCUACUGCAUCGCCGGCCGGCGGGCGCCCUUCCUGGUGCUGGCCUGCAUCUGCCUGCUGGACGGCCUGCUGCUGCUCACCGUCAUGCGGCCCUUCGGCGGCCGGGCGCGGGCCAACAUGCCCGUGGGCACCUCCAUCCACCGCCUCAUGGUGGACCCCUACAUCGCCGUGGUGGCCGGCGCGCUCACCACGUGCAACAUCCCGCUGGCCUUCCUGGAGCCCACCAUCGCCACGUGGAUGAAGAAGACCAUGGGCGCCUCGGAGUGGCAGAUGGGGAUCACAUGGCUCCCCGCCUUCUUCCCCCACGUGCUGGGCGUCUACCUCACCAUCAAGCUGGCCGCCCAGUACCCGCACCUGCAGUGGUUCUAUGCGGCUCUGGGCAUGGCCAUCAUCGGGGCCAGCUCCUGCACCGUGCCCGCCUGCCGGAACUUCGGGCAGCUCAUCGUCCCGCUCUGCGGCAUCUGCUUCGGCAUCGCCCUGGUGGACACCGCCCUGCUGCCCACCCUGGCCUUCCUCGUGGACGUGCGCCACGUGUCGGUUUACGGCAGCGUCUAUGCCAUCGCGGAUAUUUCCUACUCCGUGGCCUACGCCCUGGGGCCCAUCGUCGCCAGCCAGAUCGUGCACACGCUGGGCUUCCCGCAGCUGAACCUGGGCAUGGGGCUGGCCAACGUGCUCUACGCCCCGGUCCUCCUGUUCCUCAGAAACGUCUGCCACAUGAAAGCCUCUCACUCCGAGAGGAACAUCCUGCUGGAGGAGGGACCCAAAGGGCUCUAUGACACCAUCAAAAUGGAGGAGCGCAAAGGCAAAGGGAGACCCCCCCAUCCAGCAGGGGAGGUGGAAGGAAACAGCCUGGAGUCUUACCACAGGGACCUGGUAGGGGCCUCGGAGGAGGACUCCUCAGACUAUGAAUACAGUUAGGCUGCACGGAGCGGCCAGAAGACGGGUUACAGUGGGGGGAGGGAGCGAAAGUAUUAUUGCAUUUGUUUAUGUACCAAUGUGCACUAUCUACAAAUAACCUUUGUCAUGCUGUAAUGGCUUUCGUCGUCUUCUCGACGUGUGUUGAGUUGGUAUUUCCUUAGACACCGGCAGGGAAAAAUCAGGAGGAAGACUAAUUGAAUGACGUAUUUACUGUGGUGGUCUGUGGUGGUCCUUCCGAAAAGACGACAGCUGGGGUCUCUUGUGCAAAAGUUUUCUCCAGUCGAAACCGUGUGUGACAUAUUGUAUAUCUCUGUAAAAUGUAUAAAGGGGUGGGCGUGUGUAAGAAAAUUCAGAUUGCAUAGCCAAGGACUUAAAAUUCGCUCAAUCUUGUAUAUAUGUACGGACAUCUUUAUUUGGUUUCAUAUGUAACAACCACCAAAAAAUCGCGUAUUAUUUGUUCUUUGGGAAUCAGCUCUAGCAUUAUACUCAUUUCUUUCUGUUGUGCUGCUAUCCGGGAAAUGCAAUAUACUGUACCAUGUGUAAGUCCAAAUCUACAAGGAUAAUAUGAUCGAAAUAAAUGAAGUUUGAGGGGAUCCAUAGUCUUCGUUUCAUUGUUCGAUGUUGAGAGCAAAGCUAUGACUCUAACAAAUGCCAAGUAGUUCCCUAUGACAUUAACCUCGUUUAUUUUCUAAGUUUGAUUCAAUAAAGAUAAACCCCUGGGGGGAUGGGACCGCUCAUUCUUUGAAUUCUAUGUAAAAGUGUUCCGACAGAAUUCCAAACACAGUAUUAAGCAUCACUGCAUACAGUGGUUUAGUAUUAAGGUGGUUUAAAAAAAAAA